AUGUCUGCACCCGUCAGUCUCGUUCCAGGAAACUACGUGAUCUUCGCAGAGGAUCCCUCUGGCACGACCUCGAGCGUCGUAGGACGAUCCAACUUUGCAGUAACAUCCCCACUGUCGUCUGGAGCCUCCUUUACUCUUACCUCUCUUACGGCUGCCUCCAGUGCAGGCCCGACGCAACUUGUCCUGGUAACUGGAGAAGGAAUGAUCUUAUCGCAGGCCAACGGAAGCGGGCAACUCGGUCAAUCCCCGACAUUCUACGCUAGCUUCAGCAACAACUCUCAAAACAUUGUCACGACCAAUGCGCCUGCCUCUCCAUCUCCCAGCACUAAAUUCGUGAUUCAUGUUAAUCAGACCGGCCCCUCGAACCACAGUGAUGCUCUCUGCUAUCUUACAACUAUCAUGACGGCCGAUCUCAGCGACCAAUAUUGGACUGUUGAUGCUUUGAGAGCCAAUAAUAAUGUCGAAGCAGGAACCAAGCGAAGCGCCACUAACUGGGUCUUUGUCCCAGUUUAA